GGACGGACGGGACCCCCCCUCCCUCGGCGCUCUGGCCCCGGACUCUCCCGGCCCCGUCCCCCGCACCUCCUCUUCCACGGAGACCCCGCCGCAGCCUGCGCCGGGGCGGCCCGGCCCAGGGCUGAGCUCUGCCAAUGACGUUGUGAGUGUUGGAGAGUCACUGUAGCCUUUGGGGGGCCCUUUUCCUGGGGUGGCCACCUGCCUGCCCACAGCAUGGCGUCUGACACGCCUGAGUCUCUGAUGUCCCUCUGCACUGACUUCUGCCUGCGCAACCUGGACAGCACCCUGGGCUACCUGCUGGACAAGGAGACUCUGCGGCUACAUCCUGACAUCUUCUUGCCCAGCGAGAUCUGUGACCGGCUGGUCAAUGAGUAUGUGGAGCUGGUGAAUGCUGCUUGCACCUUUGAGCCCCACGAGAGCUUCUUCAGCCUCUUCUCAGACCCCCGCAGCACUCGCCUCACCCGCAUCCACCUGAGGGAGGACUUGGUGCAGGACCAGGACCUGGAGGCUAUUCGCAAGCAGGACUUGGUGGAGCUGUACCUGACCAACUGCGAGAAGCUGUCCGCCAAGAGCCUGCAGACACUGCGCAGCUUCAGCCACACGCUGGUGUCCUUGAGCCUCUUCGGCUGUGCCAACAUCUUUUAUGAAGAGGAGAACCCGGGGGGCUGUGAGGACGAGUGCCUCGUCAACCCUACCUGCCAGGUGCUGGUGAAGGACUUCACCUUUGAGGGCUUCAGCCGCCUCCGCUUCCUCAACCUAGGCCGCAUGAUUGAUGGCGUCCCUGUGGAGUCGCUGCUGCGGCCACUGCGCUCUCUGGCCGCCCUGGACCUGUCAGGCAUUCAGACAAGCGACGCCGCUUUCCUCACACAGUGGAAGGACAGCCUGGUGUCCCUUGUGCUCUACAACAUGGACCUUUCUGAUGACCAUAUUCGUGUCAUCAUCCAGCUACACAAGCUACGACACCUGGACAUCUCCCGAGACCGCCUCUCCAGCUACUACAAGUUCAAGCUGACCCGGAAGGUGCUGAGCCUCUUCGUGCAGAAGCUGGGGAGCCUCAUGUCCCUGGACAUUUCCGGCCACAUGAUCCUGGAGAACUGUAGCAUCAACAAGAUGGACGAGGAGGCGGGGCAGACCAGCAUUGAGCCUUCUAAGAGCAGCAUCAUGCCUUUCCGGGCCCUGAAGAGGCCCCUGCAGUUCCUCGGACUCUUCGAGACCUCCCUGUGCCGCCUCACGCACAUUCCAGCCUACAAAGUGAGUGGUGACAAAAAUGAGGAGCAGGUGCUGAACGCCAUCGAGGCCUACACUGAGCACCGGCCUGAGAUCACAUCCCGAGCCAUCAACCUGCUGUUUGACAUUGCACGCAUUGAACGCUGCAGCCAGCUCCUGCGGGCCCUGAAGCUGGUCAUCACGGCCCUCAAGUGCCACAAGUACGACAAGAACAUCCAAGUGACAGGCAGCGCUGCCCUCUUCUACCUGACCAACGCCGAGUACCGCUCAGAGCAGAGUGUGCGGCUGCGCCGGCAGGUCAUCCAGGUGGUGCUGAAUGGCAUGGAAUCCUACCAGGAGGUGACGGUGCAGCGGAACUGCUGCCUGACACUGUGCAACUUCAGCAUCCCCGAGGAGCUGGAGUUCCAGUACCGCCGUGUCAACGAGCUCCUGCUCAGCAUCCUCAACCCCACCCGGCAAGAUGAGUCCAUCCAGCGCAUUGCCGUGCACCUGUGCAACGCCCUGGUGUGCCAGGUGGACAAUGACCACAAGGAAGCCGUGGGCAAGAUGGGCUUCGUUGUGACCAUGCUGAAGCUGAUUCAGAAGAAGCUGCUGGACAAGACGUGUGACCAGGUCAUGGAGUUCUCCUGGAGCGCCCUGUGGAACGUCACCGAUGAGACGCCAGACAACUGUGAGAUGUUCCUCAACUUCAACGGCAUGAAGCUCUUCCUGGACUGCCUGAAGGAAUUCCCAGAGAAGCAGGAGCUCCAUCGGAACAUGCUGGGGCUCCUGGGGAACGUGGCAGAGGUGAAGGCGCUGCGACCUCAGCUGAUGACUUCUCAGUUCAUCAGCGUCUUUAGCCACCUGCUGGAGAGCAAGGCCGAUGGUAUCGAGGUGUCCUACAAUGCCUGUGGAGUCCUCUCCCACAUCAUGUUUGAUGGGCCCGAGGCCUGGGGUGUCUGUGAGCCCCAGAGGGAGGAGGUGGAAGAGCGCAUGUGGGCAGCCAUCCAGAGCUGGGACACCAACUCCCGCAGGAACAUUAACUACAGGUCAUUUGAGCCAAUUCUCCGCCUCCUUCCCCAGGGCAUCUCUGCUGUCAGCCAGCACUGGGCCACCUGGGCCCUGUAUAACCUCGUAUCUGUCUACCCUGACAAGUACUGCCCCCUGCUGAUCAAAGAAGGUGGGGUGCCUCUUCUGAGAGACAUGAUCAAGAUGGCGACCGCCCGACAGGAAACCAAGGAGAUGGCUCGCAAGGUGACUGAGCAGUGCAGUAACUUUAGAGAGGAGAACAUGGACACGUCCAGAUAGAGGCCUUCGCCAUGGCUACCACUGUUCGGACCACAGGCCGAGAAGAAGCACUUGUGUGGCCCAGUGGGCAGGCGCCUUCCAGAGCCUCCCAUGGGACAAGGAGACAGAGGGGACUUUUGCACAAGCAACGCUUUUCCUUAACAUUAGUGAGAUAUAUAUAUUAUAUAUAUAUAUAUUAUUUUUGUUGUUAGGCAGUGUGAAGUUUUGUGUGUAUGAUUUCUGUACAAAAGCAACCUCCUGAGCCCCACAGCUUCGUUGGCCAUUCUCCAGGCAGCCCUGGCCUUCACCACUGCCAUCCCUCCCAGCGCCCCUUUCACACCGCCAUUCUCCACCCGGCCCGGCCUUCACCUCUGCCGCCCACUCCAGCCACACUAAACGCCUCUGGAUGUCUGGUCCCUCCCAGUGAGCGCAGACCCUGGCCACCCUUCCCAGGGCCUCGCCAGCACUUGUGCCACCUGCCCACACCUGAGGUACUCAUCUGGGCUCCUGGGGGCGACUGAUAGGAUUUGGGGAUUCAAACGAACCCCUGCUGGGUCUCCCAGAAGCCUCGGUGCUCUGGGCUAUGGGCCACCUAAGGCAGGAGAGCAACCUGGAGGCCCCGGGCGGAGUGGCCUGCUGCUCUCUGGCCAGGCCUGCCUGCGGCCAUGCUGCUAUAGAGGCUGUCUCCCAGCCUCCCUCAGGCCCUAGGCUGUUGAAGGCCCAGCCCAGGGGUGGUCAGAAGUCAGGGGCAGAUUCAGUUGCCCCUCUGCCAAACACCCAGGACCUGUCCCCAGCUCCGGAAGCCAGCACCUCCCAGGGCCUGGAGCUGCUUCCUCCGCCAACCCUCAGCUGCCCACAGCGUCCAAAGUGCUCAUCCUCUCCCACCAGCACAACUUCACCUGCCUCACCAGCCCGGGUGCACCCCGCUGCCCAGAGGACCCCACAGCUCUUGAGGCAGCCACCUCCAGACCAGCACCUGGACAGCCCUCCCUGCCCCUUACCGUCCCCGUUGUCCCAGGAAGCCGCUGGGCCUCGGGCCUGUGCUGUACAGCGGACACUGGAGGAAGCUGUGUGUAGUGUCUGGAGCCCCUCCCUGCUGCUGCAGCUCCAUGUGGCCUCCCGCGCGGGACCCUGAUGAGGAGCCCCUGGCCGAGGCAGCCCCUGAUGGCCACCGUGGGGCUCUCUCCUCCCAUUUCCUUCCCUGGCCUGGUUUUGAAUUCUGUCACUCCUGCCUCCAGAACAGGCCAGAUUAGCAGGGCUCUGCGACACCAGGGGCCCUUCCUCCAGAAACCUCUCCCUUGGGCUGGGCAGGAAGCCUAGCCCUGUGCUCCCCAAGGGCAGACACCACCCCCCUUCCUGACCCAGGCCCUUCUGCCCAGCCAGACCCCGGCAGAGCUCACAUCGCUCACAUCGCAUUGCUUCACCGUCUGGGGCCCAGGGAAAUGUCUGUACUUUGGGAUGUCACAGAAAUACAUUUUUGUGCAAAGUGCA